AUAUGCUCUCUUUAGGCUACUGUCCGAUCAUUUCGGGUUGAGUAGGCUAGGACUAAGGUAGGCUAUCUUACAUGGCUUUGGAUCACAACAGGUAUAAUGACCGCACAGUUAUCUCUAACUAUUAAGCAAAUUGCUGAAAGUCUUAGUUUUGCGGAGCGUAAGACAUUACUAUACUUAUCCGGAGUGGAGGACGUCAAUUUCGCAUCAGCAGAUAUCAGAAACGUACUGAGUUGCGUGACAAAUGUAGUGGAUAUGGAUGUAUUUUUGAUGGAACUCAUGUUCAGGAUGAGACGUUUCGACAUAUUAAAGAAAGUACUACGAGCCAGCAGGACAGAAGUUGACGAAAUACUGAGAACUGUACAGUUCGUCUCAGACUACAGAGUGCUUAUGGUUGAUCUAAGUGACAAUAUUGGAGCAGAGGAUUUGCGCUCCAUAGGAUUUCUGCUCAGUAGUUCCCUGUCAAGAGAAAGGCUGGAUGGCAUGCAGAGUUUCUUGGACAUAGUCACUGACCUUGAGAAGCAAGGUGAAGUGUCCAAUGGGAGUAUGGACCUAAUAGAACAGUGUCUUAAGAGCAUUCACCGUAUCGAUCUUGUAAAAAAGAUAAACAAGUACAAGGAGAAAGUAGCAGAAAUACAAGGAACGUCUGUGUCAAAUCACACAAGUGGUAUUAAGAAUCUUAGAAAGUCAGAACAAGAGUCCAGGGUUACCCCUGAGGUUUCAAAUGAGAAGUGGGAACUACUCAGACUUCAGAAAAAUGACAGAAUGUCUUGUAGGCCCACCAAAAGUGAAAGAAUAUCCUAUCAGAAUUCAUUGGAUGUGUAUAGAUUGCAGGCCCAGCCUCGUGGAGUAUGUGUGAUCAUCGACUGUGUGGGAUAUGAUGGAGACAGGCUUGAACAGACAUUUAAGUGUCUACAUUUCCACGUGAUCAUGCGGAAGCUGCUGAGUGUGACAGACUGCCUGUCUACCCUACGAGAGGUGGCCCAGCUCAGUUGCCACUGUGAUGCGGACGCCUUCGCCUGCUGUCUCAUCAGCCGGGCUUCCGAAAGUCACCUGCUGGGCACAGAGGCACAGGCCUCGGGCCUGAGCCUAGAUGCGGUCAGGCAUCUCUUUAAUUCCAACUCCUGUCCAGGGCUGGUGGGCAAACCCAAACUAUUCUUUGUCCAGAGCUACAGCGCCUUUGAGCCUCCGAGGUCAGCUGGAUGCUCAGGCUACUACAGCUACUGGGAUAAGUAUCUUGAAACAGAUGGGCCUGCUGUGGCCUAUGAUGAGGCCAUCCCCACAUCUGCAGAUGUCUUUUGGAGCCACUGCUGGACACAGGAGACAGCUCUGAAAGAGCAAAACCACCAGUCUGCAUAUCUGCAAGCUUUGCAGUCAUCACUUUUGAAUGGGCAACAAGGAAAGAGGAAUCUUCUGGAUGUUCAUAUGGUGGUGAAUCAAAAAAUUUUUGAGCACAAUGAUAGGAAUCCAACACAAACGUAUGGACUUGAUCUUAGACACACACUUCGAAAAAUGUUAUUUCUGUCAUAAUUGCUUAUUUUGAGGGAAUAUCAUUGCAUUGUGAACUUGAAAAACAGUCUUUCAGAUACAUUUAUAGCAUGAGUAUGCUAACAAUAAUAUAUAUAUUGCUUCAAGAAUGUUCUUUGAAUUUUACCCAUUAGGCUAAUUUGUAUGUACGGUACUUGUUUGUUGUUGCACUGACGUUGUUGUGAACUUGCCCCCAAGGAUAUCACAAGGUGCUAAUUUUAGUAUUUAUUUGAUUAGUAUUAGUUAUUGACUGACAUUAUUAACUUUGCAUUAAUCCUUUUUAGCAGCUACAAUGACAUUUGUCUAAGUGGGUUGCACCAUUUUGCAUCUAUCUCAUAAAUAAAUUGUUAAAGGACAGCAUUUGCCACCCAUGUAGCCAGAGGGGACAGGUUGAACAGUGGGGUAUACUACGAAGCACAUUAG